CGCGCCCCGCGGCCGACCCCGGGGCCGUGACCCGCCGCCGGCCGAGGGAGCGGCUCCGGCAGGAAGGCGGCGGAGAGGCCCGGUCACCCAGCCGCGGCGAUGAGCUCGGCCAGGGAGUCCCAGGGCCACCACGGCCUCAAGCGAGCGGCCUCCCCCGAUGGCUCCAGCAGCUGGGAGGCGGCGGACCUCGGCAACGAGGAGCGGAAGCAGAAGUUCCUGCGGCUGAUGGGCGCCGGGAAGAAAGAACAUACUGGCCGCCUUGUUAUCGGAGACCACAGAUCAACCUCUCACUUCAGGACAGGGGAAGAAGACAAGAAAAUGAAUGAAGAAUUGGAGUCUCAGUACCAACAAAGCAUGGACAGCACGAUGUCUGGACGAAACCGGCGCCAUUGUGGACUUGGUUUCAGUGAGUUUCAGGAAAGCGAAGAACAAGAAGAGGCAGCUGGACACUCCUCUGAAGAGAGUUCAGAGGACUCUGAAAGUGGCUCUGAGUCGGAGCAAGAGGAGUCUGCAGAGGAGCUACAAGCUGCUGAAAAGCAUGAUGAAGCUGAGGUUCCAGAAAACAAAAAAGAAGCAAAAAGCAACUAUAAAAUGAUGUUUGUUAAAGCCAGUGGUUCAUAACUGCAGAUGUAACAGCUUUGUAUUUAAAGUACAGUAAGCCUUAUUGUUACAGUGCAAAGUGGAGGACUGCUACAGCACAAAUCUUUGUAUUAUGAUUUUAAAAAGACCCUGUUAGAUGACAAAUAGUAGUAUUUGCUUUCUGUUGCCAUGGAUAACAUUUUUAUGGGCACAGUGGUAUUACUGGUUUUUGUAAAGUGUAUAAAAUACUGGAUGGAGAAAUAAAUUCUUUUUGUUCUUGCCCAGUCUCUACAAUGUCA